CCGCUUCCGCGUCUCUAUGUCGUGGGCUGCUUUCCUCACGGAGGCCGCCAUGUUGUUUACCGGCCGGGCUUCAAACUCGGCUGCUUUAAAGCACGUUGUCGCUGCGGCUGCACUUCCUGCAGCGCCCUCUGGUGGCCAGGUGAAGCCGAGCAGGAUGGCGCACCUCGCUCUGCAUGAUGGGAACUCCUCGGCCAACGCAGAGCUCCUGUCUCAGACCGGCUACACCGUGCUAGCCGUCAUCAUGGGCGUGUUCUCCAUGGCCGGGAUCCUCCUCAACGUCCUGGUGAUCGUGGUGACGGUGAGGCACAGACAGCUGAGGCAGCCGCUCAGCUACGCCUUGGUGAACCUGGCCAUAUGUGACCUGGGCUGUGCCGUGUUUGGAGGUCUGCCCACCACAGUGACCAGUGCCAUGGGGUACUUCAGCCUGGGCCAAGUGGGCUGCGUGCUGGAGGGCUUUGCUGUCUCCUUUUUCGGUAUAUCAAGUCUGUGUACAAUCGGAGUCAUUUCUGUUGAACGCUACAUCGUGGUGUGCUAUCCCAUGGGGGCCGUCCUGUUCCAGACCAGACACGCUGUGGCAGGAGUGGUGCUGUCCUGGGUCUGGUCCUUCGUGUGGAACACUCCGCCUCUGUUUGGUUGGGGAAGCUACGAGCUGGAGGGCGUCAAGACCUCCUGCUCCCCAAACUGGUACAGCCGGGACACGGGGAACAUGUCUUACAUCAUCAUGUACUUUUUCCUUUGCUUUGCGUUGCCCUUCUCCGUCAUCAUAGUGUCCUACUCGCGACUCCUGUGGACUCUACACCAGGUGACCAAGCUGCAGGUUUCCGAGGGGGGCAGCACAACCCGUGUGGAGCUGCAGGUGGCGUGUAUGAUCGUGGUGAUGGUGUUGGCCUUCCUGGUGACAUGGCUGCCAUAUGCUGUCAUGGCCCUCGCUGUCAUUCUGGACUCCAGUUUAUAUAUCGACCCCCUUAUCGCCACCAUACCAGUGUACUUGGCUAAAAGCAGCACCGUCUACAACCCCAUCAUAUAUAUCUUCAUGAACAGACAGUUUCGGGGAUAUGCUGUUCCCACUGUCCUGUGUGGAUUGAACCCAUGGGCGUCAGAUCCACAGACAUCCGAGGACGAAACCACAGUUGCCUCAAUAACGAAGACCCAGAAAGGAUCUUUACAUGAAUAAAAAUGUACAUGAAUCCUCAUGGUCUCACUCCUGACCAUUGACCUUCAUCCAACAAGCAACCCUCUCUGCACUCGACAACAAGGACUGAAUAAAAGAACAAAACGGCAGCAACAAAAUGUUAAAAUAUCAAUAUCAAGGAACUAUUGUCCAUCAACUUUUGACUAUGUUUGAGCAACAAGCAUCCUGCGCUCUUUCAAUUCAAUUCAGUUUAUUUUGUAUAGCCCAAAAUCACAAA